CAAAUAAUAAAAUAACAAAAGUUAUUCCUUCUUUUUAUAAUAUUUUUAUAAUCAGCUCUUACCCUCCUCAGCUCUCUUAAUUUUCCUCAACUUUUGCUUUAGACUUCCAUUUUCCAAGCUUGAAAGCCAACCUUCGCUUCGAAACAAGAGUUGCUUAAACUCGGAGACCGAUUUCGGCGAUGGACGGUGGCGGUUCCGGCCGACUCGUCGGCACCGAGAUUCAUGGAUUCCAUACAUUGGAAGAUUUGGAUGUUCAAAAUAUGAUGGAAGAAGCCAAGUCAAGAUGGCUACGUCCAAAUGAAAUUCAUGCUAUGCUUUACAACCACAAUUAUUUCACCAUCAAUGUGAAGCCAGUGAACUUGCCCAAAAGUGGUGCCAUUGUAUUGUUUGACCGAAAGAUGCUCAGAAACUUCCGAAAAGAUGGCCAUAACUGGAAAAAGAAAAAGGAUGGGAAGACUGUUAAAGAAGCUCAUGAACACUUAAAAGUUGGUAAUGAAGAAAGGAUUCAUGUAUAUUAUGCACAUGGACAAGAUAACCCAACCUUUGUUCGCAGGUGUUACUGGCUGCUGGAUAAGACUCUGGAACACAUAGUUCUUGUUCACUAUCGCGAAACACAGGAGUUGCAGGGUUCUCCAGCCACACCUGGGAAUUCAAAUUCUAGUUCAAUAACUGAUCAGUCUACUUCUUUGCUUCCUACAGAAGAGUUUGAUUCUGGAACUGGUAAUGCAUUUUAUGAAGAACCCAGUGAUAGUGUUAAGGCCAGAAAUCACGAAAUGACACUUCAUGAGAUUAAUACGCUUGAAUGGGAUGAACUUCUGGUGACAAAUGAUACUAAUGGCUCAACUGUAUCUAAAAGAGACAAGAAUUCUUGCUUUGACCAACAGAACCAAAUAACAGUAAAUGGCUUCCCAAAUUAUGGUGCCCCUAUCUCAGCCUAUAAUUUAUCAACAGAAUUUUCAUUGCUUGGUAAUUUAGUUGAGCCAGUUGCUCAGAGUGGUAAUGCUUAUCUCAACACCCCAGAAGGUGUUUGUCAUCUGGUAUCAGGCGGCCAAGGAAAUUCUAAUGUGCAGAGGAAGGACUCUAGUCCCAUAGGGCCUGGUGAAUCGUUGGACUUUUUGUUGAAUGAUGGUUUACAAAGUCAGGACAGUUUUGGAAGGUGGUUGGACUAUAUUGUGACUGAAUCCCCAGGUUCAGUGGGUGAUCCUUUGCUAGAAUCAUCAAUUUCAUCUGGUCAAGACUCCACCUCUCCAGAGCAAAUAUUUAGCAUAACUGAAGUCUCACCUGCAUGGGCUUAUUGUACUGAAAAGACAAAGAUUUUAGUCACUGGAGUCUUUCAUCGAGCUUACCAACAUCUUGCUAAGUCCAAUUUGUUUUGUGUGUGUGGUGACGUAAGUAACCCUGCAGAAAUUAUUCAGGUUGGGGUUUAUCGAUGUUUUUUAUCACAACAUUCCCCAGGACUAGUAAAUCUGUAUAUGAGUCGUGAUGGACAUAAACCCAUCAGCCAAGUUCUUGGUUUUGAGUAUCGUGCGCCUUUAGUGCAUGACCUGAUAGUUCCUCCAGAAGAUGAGUCUAGGUGGGAGGAGUUCCAAUUGCAGAUCAGGCUCGCUUAUUUGCUCUUCUCUACUUCCAAGAGCCUUAACAUUCUAUCAGGUAAAGUGUCAGCAAAUUCCCUGAAGGAGGCUAAGACAUUUGCUCAAAAGACUACUAACAUAUCCAAUAGCUGGACAUAUUUGAUUAAGUCAAUUGAACAAAACCGAGCUUCACUUACACAAGCAAAAGAUAGUUUAUUUGAAAUUGCUUUAAAGAACAGGCUAAAGGACUGGCUGUUGGAAAGAAUAAUUGAAGGCUGUAAAACAACUGAAUAUGAUGCUCAAGGUCAAGGAGUGCUUCAUUUGUGUGCCAUUCUUGGUUAUACUUGGGCUAUUUAUCUAUUUUCAUGGUCUAGCUUGUCACUGGAUUUUCGUGAUAAACAUGGAUGGACGGCUCUUCAUUGGGCAGCGUAUUAUGGGCGGGAAAAAAUGGUUGCUGUUCUUUUAUCUGCAGGGGCAAAGCCGAAUUUGGUGACAGACCCCACAACCCAAAAUCCAGGUGGUUGCACUGCUGCUGAUCUUGCAUCUUUGAAGGGUUAUGAUGGGCUAGCUGCUUAUCUUUCAGAAGAGGCUCUAGUAGCACACUUCAAUGAUAUGGCUGUAGCUGGAAAUACUAGUGGCUUUCUGCAAACCAGUAAAACAGAGGCAACGAGCCUCAUUAACCUUAACGAAGAUGAACUAUAUUUGAAGCAAACUUUAGCAGCUUAUAGGACAGCUGCUGAUGCGGCUGCACGCAUACAGACUGCAUUCAGGGAGCACUCCUUAAAAGUACGAACCAAAGCAGUUGAGUCAUCCAAUACAGAGGAUGAAGCACGAAGUAUAGUUGCAGCUCUGAAGAUUCAACAUGCCUUUCGCAACUAUGAGACUAAAAAAAAGAUGGCUGCUGCUGCCCAUAUCCAAUAUAGGUUUCGUACUUGGAAAAUGCGUAAAGAUUUUCUUAAUAUGCGCCGCCAGGCUAUCAAAAUCCAAGCAGCUUUCCGAGGCCUCCUAGUAAGGAAGCAGUACCGUAAGAUUCUCUGGUCAGUUGGUGUGGUUGAGAAAGCAAUUCUGCGAUGGCGAUUAAAGAGAAAAGGUUUACGAGGGCUAAAAGUUAAAAUAGUAGAAGCAGUUCCAGCGCAAAGUCAGGAAAGUGACGCAGAAGAGGACUUCUACAGAACCAGCCGAAAACAAGCUGAAGAACGUGUUGAGAAAGCUGUUGUACGUGUUCAGACUAUGUUCCGCUCAAAGAAAGCACAGCAGGAAUACCGGAGAAUGAAGUUGGCUCGUGAUGUAGCAGCGUUGGAAUAUGAAAGCCUUCUCGACCCUCCUUCGAAUAUGGAUACUGGAAGAUAUUGAAGAUUAGAAUGAUCACACCUAGGUAUAAGAGUGAGUAACCCUAGGGAGCUGUAUAUUUGUAAAUGCAACUGAUUUCUUCUGGUCCUCUUUUAAAUUUUUUCAGAUUUUAAAGGGGUGGUAAGUUAUUGCGGAUCCUUAGUCUUGUCGUUUUGGGUUUUGAGUGUUAAGACCUAGGUGAAACUUGGAUACAAGAUAUAAGCCAAUGUCCCUCUUGUUGUAUGUAUGCAUUGCAUUAUCAUUUAGCUGUAGAUUAGGGUACUAGAUUUCUCAUGUCUGGAGGAUGUUUAUACCUUGAUGUUAGCAUUCUUCUUGGUGCAGGGCUGGCUGUUCUUUGCUAAUGAACAAGUUUAAUGUGCCUUUGAUAUGGGCCUUUUUAAAUUAGAAAAUCAAGCAAUAUAUAUAUCUA